AUGUCCCCCACAUCCUCCUCCUCCUCCUCCUCCACGACCGAGGCCGCCGUCUCCCUCGUCGGCGACAAGCUCCCCGACCGCGCGCAGGUCGAGGAGACCAAAAAGGCCGCCGCCUCGGGCCUGCUCUCGCAGCUGCGCGCCCUCGCCGCGGGCGGCUUCGGCGGCAUCUGCGCCGUCGUCGUCGGCCACCCCUUUGACCUCGUCAAGGUCCGCCUGCAGACCGCCGAGCGCGGCGUCUACUCCUCCGCCGUCGACGUCGUCCGCAAGAGCGUCGCCCGCGAUGGCCUGCGGAGGGGCCUGUACGCCGGCGUCAGCGCGCCGCUCGUCGGCGUGACGCCCAUGUUCGCCGUCUCCUUCUGGGGCUACGACCUCGGCAAGCAAAUCGUCUCGGCCUCCAGCACCGUCGACCCCGUCAAGGGCCUCUCCAUCGCGCAAAUCUCGACGGCCGGCUUCCUCUCCGCUGUGCCCAUGACGGCCAUCACCGCCCCCUUCGAGCGCGUCAAGGUCAUCCUCCAGGUCCAGGGCCAGAAGAAGCUCGCCCCCGGCGAGAAACCAAAGUACAACGGCGGCCUCGACGUCGUGCGCCAGCUCUACCGCGAGGGCGGCCUGCGCAGCGUCUUCCGCGGCUCCGCCGCCACCCUCGCCCGCGACGGGCCCGGCUCCGCCGCCUACUUCGCCGCCUACGAGUACAUCAAGCGCGCCAUGAGCCCCCGCGACCCCGUCACCGGCAAGCCUACCGGCGAGCUCUCCCUCACCGCCGUCACCUGCGCGGGCGCCGCCGCGGGUGUCGCCAUGUGGAUCCCCGUCUUCCCCGUCGACACCGUCAAGUCCCGCCUGCAGACCGCCGAGGGCCACGCCACGCUCGGCGGCGUCGUCCGCGAGCUCUACGCAAAGGGCGGCUACCGCGCCUUCUUCCCGGGCUUCGGCCCCGCCCUCGCCCGCGCCGUCCCCGCCAACGCCGCCACCUUCCUCGGCGUCGAGCUGGCGCACCAGGCCAUGACCAAGGCCUUUGGCCCGGCGUAG